AUGGCUUCUUCCAAUCGUCGAGCCUCACAUGACCUUGGAUUUACUAAAAAUAUAAAUACAACAAAUCGUCGAACUAGUUCUAUCGAUAAUGGUGUUUCUAAUAGUACAAACGUUAAUUCUCGGCGUUUAUCCAUAGAUAAUUCUACUAUAUGUCAUGUACAAGCAACAGUAAUUGCUCAAGGUCCAUGUGUAGCUUUUUUUGGUAGUUGUGUUAUUGGUGAUAUUUUUUAUAUUCAUGGUGGAGUUAAAACACGUGGUGAUCAUUCACCAUCAAAUCGAAUGUUUAAAUUUCAACAUAAUACAUGGACAGAAAUAACAACAAAUGAUUCUCCGACACUUUCACAUCAUCGAUGUAUUGUGAUGGGUAAUGGUCAAUAUAUUGUUACUAUUGGUGGAUGGGAUGGAUCAAAAAGAAAAUCUGAUAUAUAUGUAUUUGAUGUUGUUAAUACAACAUGGCAUCAAACACAUGCAUCUGGAUUUCCGAGUGAUGGUGGUCUUAAUAAUCAUGCUGUUAUUCCAUUGAAAUCGCAUGAUACAGCUAUUCUUGUAAUUGGUAGAGAUGGUAGUUUAAGAACACAACGAAAACAUGGUGAUGCAUAUUGUUUACGUGGAGAUCCAGAAAAACGUAUUUUUCGAUGGGAACAAUUUCCAAUUUCUGUUGAUUCUCGUAGUGGUCAUUCAUUAAUUGGUCAUGGUUCAUCAUUAUAUAUAAUAGGUGGUCGUGCUGAUCAUUUAAUUCAACAUUAUACUGGUUUACCAGUUGAAAAUCAACUUAUAUGUAAUAAUCUUUAUUUAGAUCUCAAACAAAUGAUAAAAUCAAAUAUAAUAAAACCAAUGAACAAAUUACCAUCAACUCGAAAAGAUCAUACAAGUAUUGCAUGUGGUUCUGAUUUAGCAAUUAUCUAUGGUGGUGAAACAUUUGAUGGAAAAUUACGUGAACCAUCAAAUGAAAUUUUUCUUGUUACACUUGGAACUUAUGAACAAUGGUAUAAUUUAGGUCAAAUUGAAUUUGGUCGACAAGGUCAUACAAUGAUUUGUUUAGAUAAUCAAUUAAUUGUACAUGGUGGUCUUGGAAAAAAUGGUGUAUGUAAUGAAACAUUUAUUAUUGAUUUAAUCAGAUAA